CUGUGUUGCGGCUCCUUUCACAACUUCCCUCUAGGUCCUGAGGAGGCAAAGUUAACAUAAAAAGGUCGUGUAACUGAGUUAUUUUAAUGAAUAAAUAUUAAAUUAGUCAACGGACAACCUUCGGACUCUAUGAUUCGACGGAAAACAGCGAAUAUCUUUAUUUAUCUGAAAACACAUCCUGAAACAUGGAGGAUCCAAACAGACCACAGAGGAAAAUGUCAACAGCAGGAGAGAGUUUGUACAAGUUGCUGGGAGUGGAGAAGGGAGCGUCUCCUGACGAAUUGAAAAGAGCCUACAGGAAAAUGGCGUUAAGGUAUCACCCUGAUAAGAACCCAGACAACCCCGAAGCAGCUGAGAAGUUCAAGGAGAUCAAUAAUGCCCACUCCAUCCUCACUGAUGUGGACAAGCGUGGUAUCUACGACCAAUAUGGAUCCAUGGGCCUCUCGGUGGCCGAGCAGUUUGGGGAGGAGGGAGUCAAAUAUUACUUUCUCAUGUCCAAGUGCUGGUUCAAGACCCUGUUUGUGUGCUGCACUAUUUUCACCUGCUGCUGCUGUUGCCUCUGCUGCUGUUGCUGCUGCGGAAAGUGCAAACCACAAGAUGAAGAGGACAAUUUCAUCUACAUGGACCCUGAGGACCUGGAGGCUCAGAUCAGAGAACAAGAUGCAGCAGACCAUCCCGUAAUAGUUAUUCAGCCGAACUCUAGCGAUGCUGCUAUCCAUUCAGCAGACCAUCCCGUAAUAGUUAUUCAGCCGAACUCUAGCAAUGCCGCUAUUCAUUCAGGGGAGAACACACCGAUUGUGAUUCAGACUCACGCAGCCAAGGGGGGCUCGGGACCUGGAGAAUGAACGACUGUAUCAAACACUGAAGUGCAGAAAAUGUUUUCAUCUCAGAGAUUUGUUUGUUUACAUGAGUCAAACUGCAAUUUAUUUGAUUGUGCCAUAGUUAUUUUUUAAAAAAUGUGCUUUUUCUUUGAUCCAGUCUUGUAUUUAUUCUUUUUAAAAUGUUAAAUUUCUGAAUUUGGGGCGGAGACAAAUAACAAAGCCAUGCAGAUCAAAGCCUCUGAGCUCGGGGAUAAUUAUUUUUUUCCUGCGCACUUUAAACUCACACAUUCAUAUUGAAUGUUUGGAAUAUUCUGAAGCUGCC